GGCCAGAUAAGCCACGUCAGGCUCGCACUCCAGUGAGCUACGACACUCCUACAUGCUGUCUCUGACUGUUAUCUCUUUUGUAUCUUCUAGAAGCCAGUCCUUGAACCGCGACACGGAGCUAAUUCCCCCAAGAAUCACCGUUGCCGUACUCACCGACUGCACCCAGAGCACCGAGCACCCAGAAGAUAACGCCACUGACAGCGCUAAGCGCUCGCGACCCGGCCAGGAGAUGGAGGAGCUGCUACAGCAACUCACAGAGGUGUCCCUUCGACAGCAGCAGAUCGUAGAACACCUGGCGAACCGACAAGGGCAGCUCGAGCAGGAGCUCGCUGCCCAGGGUGCCGCCGCUCGACCGCGCCCCGCCGUGCCCGAUCCCCGCAUUCAAGCAGCGCAACUCCUUCCUAAAAUGACCAGCUAUGACGACCCAGAGAUUUUUUUACAGAUGUUCGAGAAUGUCGCCGUCACGGAAGGAUGGGAUCGCCAAGAGUGGGCACGCGCGCUGGCCCCGCUGCUAACUGGAGAAGCGCAGCGCAGCUUCUAUGCCAUGCCGGCUGACCUGGCUGCCAACUAUGACGACCUGAAACGGGAGAUCCUCGGAAGGGUCGGUCUAUCUCCGAUCUGCGCAGCCCAGGGUUCUUUGACUGGGCGUUCCAACCACGCCCGACCGGCCGGGCUCAAGUCGCCGAGCUCACCCGUCUAG